AUGGCUGCAGACGACAGAAAAGUGGCAGUUCCCAAGGAUGGGCCUUCUGUGGUCUCCUGGGUCCCUGAGGAGGGAGAGAGGUUGGACCAGGAAGGCAAGGACCAGGUGAAGGAUCGGGGCCAGUGGAGCAACAAGAUGGAGUUCGUGCUGUCCGUGGCCGGGGAGAUUAUCGGGCUGGGCAACGUCUGGAGGUUUCCCUACCUCUGCUACAAAAACGGGGGAGGAGCCUUCUUCUUCCCCUAUUCCAUCUUCCUCUUCACCUGCGGCAUCCCGGUGUUCUUCCUGGAGGUGGCGCUGGGCCAGUACACCAGCCGGGGCAGCGUCACGGCCUGGAGGAAGAUCUGCCCACUCCUCCAGGGCAUUGGCCUGGCGUCUGUGGUCAUCGAGGCCUAUCUGAACGUCUACUACGUCAUCGUCCUCUCCUGGGCCCUAUUCUACCUCUUCAGCUCCUUUACCUCCGAGCUGCCCUGGACCGCCUGCACCCACGCCUGGAACACAGAGCACUGCAUGGACUUCCUGAACCACUCGGCAGCUGGCGCAGCGGCCCCGCCCGUGAACUUCACCUCCCCCGUCAUGGAAUUUUGGGAGAGACGUGUUCUGGGCAUCAGCUCCGGCAUCCACGACCUGGGGGCCCUGCGCUGGGAGCUGGCCCUGUGCCUCCUGCUUGCCUGGGUCGUCUGCUACUUCUGUAUCUGGAAGGGGGUCAAGUCCACGGGCAAGGUUGUCUACUUCACAGCUACGUUCCCCUACCUGAUGCUGCUCAUCCUACUGAUCCGAGGCAUCACCCUGCCCGGAGCCUACGAGGGCAUCGUCUACUACCUAAAACCAGAUUUGCUUCGGCUCAAGGACCCCCAGGUGUGGAUGGACGCGGGCACCCAGAUUUUCUUCUCCUUCGCCAUCUGCCAGGGGUGCCUGACGGCCCUGGGCAGCUACAACAAGUACCACAACAACUGCUACAGGGACAGCAUCGCCCUCUGCUUCCUGAACAGCGCCACCAGCUUCGUGGCCGGGUUUGUGGUCUUCUCCAUCCUGGGCUUCAUGUCCCAGGAGCAGGGGGUGCCCAUCUCUGAGGUGGCCGAGUCAGGCCCUGGUCUGGUGUUCAUUGCCUUCCCCAAGGCUGUGAGCAUGAUGCCCCUGUCCCAGCUGUGGUCCUGCCUCUUCUUCAUCAUGCUCAUCUUCCUCGGGCUGGACAGCCAGUUUGUCUGUGUGGAGUGCCUGGUGACAGCCUCCGUGGACAUGUUCCCCAGGCAGCUCCGGAAGUCUGGUGAUGUCAUUCUUGGGCAGAUUUCCCUCCUGGGAUGUCUCACUCUGCCCCUUGCCCCACAGGGCGGGAUGUACAUCUUCCAGCUGUUUGAUUAUUACGCCUGCAGUGGCACGUGCCUGCUGUUCCUUUCCGUGUUUGAAGUGAUCUGCAUCGGCUGGGUGUAUGGGGCCGACCGUUUCUAUGACAACGUGGAGGACAUGAUUGGCUACCGGCCGUGGCCCCUAGUGAAGAUCUCCUGGCUCUUCCUGACCCCGGGCCUUUGCCUGGCCACUUUCCUCUUCUCCUUGAGGAAGUACACACCUCUCAGAUACAACAACGUCUACGUGUACCCGGCCUGGGGUUACAUCAUUGGCUGGCUCCUGGCUGGCUCCUCCAUGAGCUGCGUCCCGCUCUUCAUUGUCGUCGCCCUCCUGAAGACCCAGGGUUCCUUCAGGAAGCGCCUGCGGCAGCUCGUCACCCCUGACCCCAGCCUGCCACAGCCCGAGCGACACCUGUGUCUGGAUGGAGGCAGCGGCCGGGACUGCGGGCCCUCCCCAGCGAGGGCGGGUCUCAUGGCCGGGGAGGAGACGCACUUGUAG